GGCUUUAAUACUACUUUUCAUGUCUGAUAAUUAUAAAACGCCUCUCUAGGGACUUCGUCGUGCGUGACUUAAUUACGUUGCGUUGUUUAUUUUCUCUGCUCUUGUUUCACUGGUAAUUCUCUCGAGGUUUCUGCGAAGGAAAGAUGACAGCGGACAACGAAAUAGACAUCAAGGAGGCGUUUCAGCGCGCUCAGAAGGGCCACAAUAACAAGGCAAAGCUGGUGGCGAGCCUCAAGAGCCGCUACAACAAGCUUGAGGAUAAAUCACUGUUCCACGAGGAGUUUGCGCACUACCUGAAGUAUGCAAUGAUUGUCUACAAGCGUGAACCUGCAGUUGAAAACGUCAUUGAGUUUGUUGCGAGGUUUGCUACAAGUUUCCAGUCUCCGCCUAAAACAAACGAGGGGAAGCAGCAGCAAGAGGAGGAGGAGGAGGAAGAAGAAGAAGAUGAUGAUGAUGCUGAGGACGAUCAUCCAUUUCAGAGUUUCAUCUUCAACUUUCUGUUGGAGUCCCACAAAGCCAAUAGUCAUGCAGUACGUUUCAGAGUGUGUCAGCUGAUCAACAAGUUGCUGGGCAGUAUGGCUGAGAAUGCACAGAUUGACGACGAUCUCUUUGAUCGCAUCCACCAAGCCAUGCUGGUCCGUGUCACUGACAAAUUCCCCAAUGUGAGGAUUCAGGCUGCUUUGGCCAUGACCCGCCUUCAGCAGCCAACAGAUCCAGACUGUCCAACCAUCAAUGCGUUUAUGUUGAUUCUGGAAAACGAUACUAAUGCCGAGGUGCGACGUGCCGUUCUGUCCUGUAUUGCAAUGUCCCCUCGGACCCUCCCCAAAGUACUCAAACGCACUCGAGACAUCAAAGAAAAUGUCCGCAAGCUGGCGUACCAGGUUCUGGCUGACAAAGUUCACAUUAAAGCUCUUAGCAUUGCACAGAGAGUAAGCCUACUGCAGCAGGGCCUCCAUGACACCUCAGAAGCGGUAAGGGAGGUGGUUUGUUCUCGUUUGUUACCGGCCUGGCUGCUUCGGCUGGAUGGGAACAUCAUUGAACUGCUCCAUAGGCUGGAUGUGGAAAACUGUGCAGAAACGGCUCUGGAGACCCUGAAAGCGAUCUUCAAAAACAUCCUGACUGAAGAGCUGCUGCAGAACCGAGUAGAGCUCGACAACAGGAGGCUGAUCCCAAAGGACAGUCUGACCUGUGAAAAUGUGCUUUACUGGAGAGCUCUGUGUGAGUUCAUCAGGAGUAAAGGAGAUGAUGGUGAUGAAAUGCUGGAGCAAGUCUUGCCAGAUGCAGCAACAUAUGCCGACUACCUCUGUGGGUAUCUGAAGGCAGGUCCGGUGUUCUCAGAGGAGCUCCUUCUAUAUCUGAAGGCUGUGCCUGUGCUGUCCGAGGAGCAGAGGGCCGACUUUAACCAAGUGGAGCUCGUCAUGACCAAAGAGUUCAUCUCGCACCAGCUCAUCCAUCUCAUCGGUUGUCUGGACACCAACGAGGAGGGUGGCAGGAAGCGUGUGCUGGCCGUCCUGCAGGACAUGUUGGCUCUUCCUCAGACUCCCUCCUCUCUGGUCUUCCUCCUCACUGAGAAGCUCCUCAACCUCAUCCCCGAUGACCACAGACGCAUCCAAACUGUGGCAGAAAUCAUCUCCGAUGUGAGGGAGCCCAUCACAGAGGCCAGUCAGCCAGUGGAUGAGAACGAGAGCCGCCGCCGGCAGGUCCAGCUUGCAGAAGUGAAGGUGCGUAUCUUAGAGGCUAAACAAACUCUGGAGGACUGCAUCUCCGCCCAGGAGUUCAGCCGGGCGGCAGAGCUGAAGGACACCAUCACAGAUCUGGAAAAUCGCAGGAACCAGAUCCUCCAGGAAAUUGCAGAAAGCAACCAGGUGGCUGACAAGGAGGUCCGCACAGAGAAGAAUGAUCCAGAUACUCUUUUGAGGUGUCUAACGAUGUGUGCUGAGCUGCUGAAGCAGAUGAACAUCAAGACCCGGAUUGGUCCAACCAUAAGCGCCUUAAUGUCUUCACUGAUCCUGCCCAGCAUAGCAAGCGCUCACCCUGCUGUCCGCAACAUGGCUGUGGUGUGUUUAGGAACAUGUGCUCUGCACAGCAAGGAGCUAGCCAAAACCCACAUGGUCCUGCUGCUACAGAUAGCUCAGCUGGAUGAGGUAAAGAUCCGUAUCAGUGCUCUGCGGGACAUCAUCGACCUGCUGCUGCUGUUUGGCUUCCAGCUUCUUUCUGAAACAGCUGCCACUGAGCCGGCGCCACCCUCCCAAUCCUCACCAGAGAACCAGGAUGAUGACACGGCGGUGGCAACCGAGGAGAAGGCGGACGUACCAGAGGACACGGCACAGAGUAUCCUUGUGAUGCUGUCAGAGUUCCUGGACAGUGAGGUGUCCGACCUGCGGACAGAGACAGCGGAGGGCCUGGCCAAACUCAUGUACACGGGCCGCAUCUCCAGCGCCAAGAUGCUGUCCCGUCUGGUGCUGUUGUGGUACAAUCCCGUCACAGAGGAUGACAUACGCCUGCGACACUGCCUCGGCGUGUUCUUCCAGCUCUACGCCCGCGAGAGCAGGGCUCACCAGGAAGUCGUGGAGGAGAGUUUCCUACCGACCGUUCGGACUCUGAUGAAUGCUCCGGCAACGUCUCCGCUCGCUGAGGUGGACAUCAACAAUGUAGUCGAGCUUUUUGUUGAGCUAACUCGCCCGGGAGCGCUCAUUAAACCUUCAACUAACACUGAGGAGGUGUGUGUCCAUGACUACAUGGCUGUGCGUAUCUGUGGCGAGAUGCUGAAGGACCCCACAGCCCCCGAGGUGCGCCUCUAUGCAAAGACUCUGAGCAACCUGGAGCUCAGCAGAGACGUGACCGUCAGGGAGGACAUGCAGACGCUGCUGCAGCAGCUUGUACAGGUGGUGAAGGAUCGUGUCUGUCUCCGUGCUCUGGAGAAGAUGAUUUAUCAGCUGGCGGACUCAAAAGAACAGGCUGAGCUCCUCAGCACCACUGCGUUACAACCCCUGGAUGUCAAUGCAGAUGAGGCUGCGACAGAUGAUCCAUCAAAAUCUGCCAAGAGACCCAAAAGAGGUCAGAGGAAAGCGUGCACAGCCAAAGGUGGCAGAAAGCCGAGCAGGAGGGCAGAGUCGUCAGAGGAGAGCGAUGGAGAAAAUGUCCCAGAGUCGGCCUCCAUGGUGCGUCCGUCACGGAGGGCCAAGACUGCAGCUCUGGAGAAGACGAAGCUGGACCUCAACCCUCUCAUCAACCAGGAGGCCAAUGUGUCCUGAAUAAAGAGAUUUACCUUUCUGUAUCGACUCAGUGCUCAGGCAAUGAGUCAUAUUUACCCUUAAGUUACAUUUGUGUUGUUUUCAGUUUAAAGUUUUGUCAUUUUAAUCAUUAAAAAAAUGUAUCAAAGUUAA